AUGGUGAAAGUUAACGCUACCGAAGAAGAGAUCAGUCUCCUGAAUGAACGUACCUACAGGGUUGGUGCUCAAGCUGCGGCUACAUCCACACUUGCAAGUAGCAUAGCUGCUGCGUGGGUUGUUCCCAUUGCUGUCGCAACUGUGGUGGCUGCAGAGGAGCAAGUCAUCGCCAUGGAACGGGAAAGACAUGCUGUAUACGAUUCGGAAGGUGUUGGUAUGCUUAAAAUGCAACAAGCGAAGAAAGACGAAGAACAAGAUUGGAAGACAUGGUUGGCCGAUAAUAGAUUCUCACUAGUAGCUGGGGCCUGGGUUUGUGGAGUUGCCGGUUCGCUUGCAGUUAACUAUAGUAAUCCAUAUCUAUCACCGACAGUGAAGGCGUUUCAUGCACGUGUACAGUCACAAGCCAUAACUUUGUGCGCUUUGAUGGCGGCAGGAGCUGUGGCACCCUUUGGAUCAAAGAAUCCGCAUGAUGCAGAUGUUGAUCUGUUCAAAAAGCGACUGGAGUUUGAAGAAAAGAAAUGGGCAAUAUCUCACAACGGUAAUAUGCCAGCACCUGGCCACCACGCGUAA